CCUGGAGAGUUACAGUAUGCAAUGACAAUGAUUUUUGCCAUUGAGGAAAUAAACAACAGCACAGAUAUUCUUCCUGGCUUUGUGCUGGGUUACCGUGUCUAUGGCUCUUGCCCAAGCGUCCCUCUUUCUGUUGGAGCAUCGCUAGCUCUGAUGAAUGGGCAAAUGGAAGCAGAGGAUAGCUGUGUAAGUCCCUCUACUGUGCAAGCUGUGAUUGGAGAAACUACAUCAACAUCCACCAUAGACAUUGCAAGGACCAUGGGUCCAUUUAAAAUCCCUGUGCUUAGCCAUUCAGCAACUUGUGCAUGUCUCAGUAAUAGACAACAGUAUCCAUCCUUUUUCAGGACUAUCCCCAGUGAUCAUUACCAGAGCAGAGCUCUAGCUAAACUUGUCAAGUAUUUUGGCUGGACCUGGGUUGGGGCUGUGAGAAGCAGGGGGGAUUAUGGCAACAAUGGAAUGGCCACUUUUAUAGAAGCAGCCGAGAAAGAGGGCAUCUGUGUCGAAUACUCAGUGGCCAUUUACAGAACCGAUCCAAGAGAAAAGUUUUUGGAAGUCAUAGAAAUUAUUAAAAAAUCAACAUCUAAUGUCAUAGUGGCUUUUGCAGAUGGCAAUGAUUUGGAUAUUCUCAUAAAAGAGCUUUACUACCAAAAUGUAACUGGUUAUCAGUGGGUUGGAAGUGAAGGUUGGAUCACAUACAGGUAUGUAGCGACCCCAAUUAAUUAUGUUGUGGUAGGGGGAGCAAUAGGCUUUGCUGUGCCAAAUGCAUAUAUUCCUGGAUUGAAGGAAUUUAUUGCGAGUAGCCAUCCCUCCUUGAGACCAGGUAACACAGGACUGGUUGAGCUGUGGGAAAAUGUGUUUAACUGCAUUUUAAAUCCAAACACACGCAAUGCCUCCUGGAUAUGCAAUGGAGAGGAAUCUCUAGCAAACACAAACAUACGUUUCACAGAUGUGUCUGAUUCUAGUCUGCUAAACAAUGUCUACAAGGCAGUGUAUGCUGUCGCCCAUGCUAUAGAAGGACUGCUGACUUGUGACAAAGGGAAGGGGCCAUUCCCCAACAAGACAUGUGCAGAGAAAGGGGAAAUACAGCCUUGGCAGGUGCUGCAUUAUCUCACCCAUGUGAACUUUACAACUAAAAAUGGAGAAAAUGUUUACUUUGAUGAGAGUGGUGACCCAGUUGCGCGUUACACUUUGGUUAAUUGGCAGAUAAACUAUGAAGGAAAAAUAACAUUUAACUCAAUUGGCUUGUAUGAUGCAUCCAGACCAGAAGGACAACAGAUUCAAAUGAAAGAUAACAUUGAUCCAGUCCCUCGUUCUGUAUGCAGCAAGACCUGCCUUGCAGGCACUCGCAGAGCCUUUCUGAAAGGAAAACCUAUUUGUUGCUUUGACUGCAUUAACUGUGCGGAUGGAGAGUUCAGCAACACCACAAUAACAUGUGUUCCAUGCCCACUUGAGUACAAAUCUAAUGGAAACAGAACACGGUGUGAACUCAAAAACACUGAAUUCCUGACAUUUAAAGAAGUAAUGGGUAAUGUACUAGUGACAUUCUCUUUGUGUGGUGGAUGUCUCACAGUCACAGUUGGGUUGAUUUUCUUCUACCACAGACAUACGCCAAUAGUAAGAGCCAACAACUCAGAGCUUAGCUUCCUGCUGCUCUUCUCACUCACGUUGUGUUUUCUCUGUUCUCUUACUUUUAUUGGUCAGCCCACUGAGUGGUCCUGUAUGUUGCGUCACACAGCAUUUGGGAUCACUUUUGUUCUCUGUAUCUCCUGUGUUUUGGGGAAAACAAUUGUUGUGUUAAUGGCCUUCAGGGCUACACUUCCAGGAAGCAGUGUCAUGAAAUGGUUUGGGCCUCCUCAACAGAGACUCAGUGUUUUUGCUUUUACCCUUAUACAAGUGCUUAUUUGUAUGAUUUGGUUAAUAAUAUCACCCCCAUUUUCCUACAAAAACAUGAGUAAUUACGAAGACAAAAUUAUUCUUGAGUGUAAUCCAGGUUCAGCUGUUGGUUUCUGGGCUGUGCAGGGUUAUAUUGGCCUACUGGCAGUCUUGUGCUUUAUUCUGGCUUUCCUGGCUCGAAAGCUGCCUGAUAACUUCAAUGAAGCAAAAUUCAUCACAUUCAGUAUGAUCAUAUUCUGUGCUGUAUGGAUCACAUUUAUCCCAGCCUAUCUAAGUUCUCCUGGAAAAUUCACUGUAGCAGUGGAGAUAUUUGCUAUUUUAGCAUCAAGUUAUGGUAUGUUGUUUUGUAUAUUUAUUCCUAAGUGUUACAUAAUUUUACUAAAACCAGACAUGAAUUCUAAAAAACGUUUGAUGGGCAAAGCUUCUUCAAGGGUUCUCUGA